AAGUAGACCCACCCGAAUGAGACAGGUGGUUGUGCGGUCUAUUAAAGACCAAAGAUCGACCGAGCCAAGUUUACUUGCGGAUCAUACCAAUGGGAUAUUCUUUGUAUCAUUACUUCUGAAAAUAUCAGUGAGAAUUUCAUUAUGAUGCAAAAAAAGAAACGAUUUAUUGGCGUGACGGUUUUUUUUGCUGUGUCCGGCGUCGGUCUUCUUGUAGCAGCGUUCGCAACAGACAAUUGGGUGCAGGCUACUCCAUUCUGUAAUGUACUUGCCAUAACAAGUAAUCUGUCGCGACCGACAAUAGGCAAAGGAAAUAGUAGCUUUGGAUUAUUCAAUGGCGAGCAAACGUUAGAUUAUGGGAGUGGUCAGAGGAACUAUCCUCUAAACAUUGCCUGUGAUCCAAAGGAAGGAUUUUGUGCCUUCAUCUUCAUGCGCUCUGACCCUCAACAUAAGGCUUCUCCCUCAGAGAAGUUGAGUCUUCUGCUUACACAGUAUCAAAAUCGUUCGGGUUCCAGUAACUCCACUUAUGAGGCCAUACAAUAUGGAUUAUUUAGUUUUCCACUGUGGGUAGCUGUCCUUGUUAUGCUGUCCCUUGCCAUUGUCAUGGGAUUAGUGAAUAUUGGUUUCUCGGUGUUUAAUGUGUUUGGCCGUCCCAUCGAGACUAUUACAGGACCUCUUGGCCUUUACUUGUGGAAUGGUUUAUCUGUGCUUUUUACAGCUCUUGUCUUGGCAUUGUAUGGUGGACUCUACGGCACGCAAUUGUCAAAAAACUUCAUGAUGUAUGACGACUACAUUCAAGGCUGGCGAUCUGAGGGACAUAUCAUGUUAGACUUUUCCUUCUACUUAAUCUUGGGGUCAGCCGGUGCAUUUCUCAUCAACUGCCUGCUGCUGUUUCUUGGAGGACAAACCCUCUCAUGUAGCUACUCACACUCUGGUGAGAAGGAGGUUGACAAUGGCAUGAUUUUGUAUUAAGCAUAUUUAUGAAUGUUCAGUAAGUUAAUUAUUAAUUUGUGUGCAAGUGCUUUAAAAGUAUAGGUUAUAAUGCUUGACAAGGUAACAAAUGCAUUGUAGUUUAUUGUGGAAAAUUGUCAGUAGUUCUUGAGUUAGCAUUAAAGCUUAUGAGAGAUCUUAUAAGGUACUUGAUUCUAUCAGCUUUGUAGAAUUAAGUUUAUUAUAUUUCCUUAACCACAGCUGUGAUUUUAUGCAUGCAUACUGAUUUUUGUGUUGUCAGAGUAAGCUUUUUUAAUCAGUCCUAAUUUUAUGGAUGUGUUAUUUUUAUCCUCCAGUCAUUUGCAUCGAAAUCUUGCCUUUUUGUAUUGUUUUGUCCCACUUGUUGGCAUUUACAGAAUUUAACAUAUUUUUUAUGGCAACCACACACAAGUUUAUAGCAGAAUACACUUGACAGGCAACCAUUAUUCUGUGUAAACAUUUUUCUGUAAAAAAAAUCCACACAAUGUCUCAGUUAUUUUAUUGAAUAUCACAAAGGAAGAUCUCUUUUGAUGAAAUCCAGCAGUCUCAUUGGAAUUUGACAGGAACAUUUCACUUAGAGCUCACUUAACACACAACACUUUAUGCUCAUAGUGACUUUUCUAGUUUUGAUGCCUAAAUGUGAAAUACACUGCAUCAUUUGCUGUUUUUAUUUUUUUAUUUUAACAUGUAAAAUUAUUUUGCCUUUGAAAAGUGAUCAUUUAAUUAAAAAAUAUUUCAUAAAAGACAUUAAAAAUGACAAGUGCUGCAAACAAAAGAAUAUUGCAGAAUAUGACUGUGUCAUGUUUAUGUUCUGUUCACAUUAUGUUACUAUACUCCAGUAUUGAUAAUGUGUUUGUUUAUUAUUUUUUUUCAGCACUUUAUGCACACUUGUUUAAACACAGUAUUGGUAUUCACUAUGUUUUGCUUAUAAUUAGUGCAUUAUUUCAUACAUAAGCAGUCGGUAUUUAGUAUCUACAAGAAUUCAUUCCAUUAAAACUGUUAUUAUAAAUGUAAACAAGCAUAAAUGAAAGUUUAAGUUAACAUAGCCUUUUUUCCUCAUUUAAAUACAUUCUCCAUUUUUUUGUGUUGGUGGUUAUUUUUUGGGCACCUGUUGUGGUAUGACAAGUGCUUUUAUGCCAGUGAUAUAAAGACAACUUUAUGCUGAGCAAACGUGCUUCCUAAAGUUGAUGCAAAGUGCAAGGACAAUGUCUCUAAAAGUAUUCUUAUGAAAUCUGGGGUGAAGUAAGCUUCGUCUGCAAUUUAAAGAUUAUAAAUAAAGUAAGUCCAAUUAUGACUGUUUUCUGAAUCCUUUUUCACAUUCAUAUGGCUGACAGAUAAGUCAUGGAGUAAAUAGCACUUAAAAUGGGAAUACUUUACGGGCCCAGUGUUAGAGGUGUGACAUGUCUAUAAUGCCUUGUCUUUGGUUUGUAUCUGCCAGUCAUCAACUUUCCGAACUCUGGUCAAUGAUUUUUUUUGAUGUCUAUAUGUUGAGGCAUCAUGCAGCAGGACAAUGGUCAGUCUUUGACUGCUAAUUUUUAACCAAAUAACAUUAUUUGAAACAUUCCCCGUUGUGAAAAAUAAACUGUGGUUGGAUAUGCGUUUUUUUGUAUUUUUGUGUUAUGCCAUUUUGCUGGCAGGCCUUUGUGAACAUAUCAACACCUUGAUAAACAUAUCAUUCCCCCAUUUUGGGACUUUUUUCCCUAGUCAUCACUUCUCCUGUUUAGUCAAGAAACGGUUUUGUGAUUGAGAAAAGUUCAGAGAAAUUUUGUGGUCAACAAAAUUUUAUGAAAUUAUUUUGUUUGUAUAUAUAUAUACACGCUUUGUAUAUACUUAUAAAAAAAAUUUAAAGUUGAAUAUAUGCACUUGUUGUUUUGAUCAUUUCUUAUAUAUGGUUGUCAUAAAAAGCUGUAUUUCAUAGUCUAUAGUAUUAAAUCUUUGUCAGUUUA